CCAGAACUUGAAUCUCUCUCAUCUGUAUCCAUACAUCUUUCUUCACAAGCUUCAAGAAUCAAACUUCCAGACAAGAAAAAUGGCUUUGGUGAGAAGUCUCUUUAGCGCAAAGAAGGUUCUUGGCGGCUCUAUAGCAAGAACAAGAAAGACACCACCAAAAGGGUUUCUUGCGGUGUACGUCGGUGAGAGCCAGAAGAAGCAGAGUCGACACUUUAUACCAGUCUCAUACUUGAACGAACCUUCAUUUCAAGAUCUUCUAAGUAAAGCCGAAGAAGAGUUUGGUUUUGACCAUCCGAUGGGUGGCUUGACAAUCCCUUGUCCUGAAGAUACUUUUAUCAGUAUAACGUCUCAGCUCCAAGGAUGAAGAUGAUGAUGAUCCAGCAUGCAUCAACAAUUAUUUAAUGUGAAUAGAGAUGACAUUUUCUCUCCUCCUCUUUUCUUUUUGUUUCACAGGAUUAGAAUAUUUCGAUGUGAAUACCAUUUUUGUAUAACAAAGUUCAAAUCAUUACAAGUUGCAGAAACUAUGAUUCCUUAAUCAAAUCUAUCAGCGAAUAUAUAUGAAAGAAACU